CAUAGAAUAGUACAAGUAACUAGAAAGCGAAGCUGAUGUUUGUUUUCCAAAUUUUCUGCAAAUUUGAUCAGUUUCUCUUCCUACUCGCUGCACGCGAGUAACGAUGCGCGUCCCUCUGUGAUAUACAUUUACAGGACGUCGGUUUCUGUGUUAUUGUUCGGUUCGGCCAUUCAACGUUACAAGUGUAAUUGUGUUCCGCAGUUUUUUUCAGACAAUUUGCCGGCUAUACGUUCCCGAUCGUAAAACCUACUAUACGAGUUCUAUUCAAUUAAUAAAUAUGUAUACCGAUCGGCUGAGUUUCUAAACGCCUAACCUGACAAAACUUUAGGCCAGAACUAAAAUGGCCAAUCACGCGCGUCCCUCGUGAAUUUUUUUCCCAUUUCUCGUGUUAUUUCAGUGCAAAUAUAUUUCCUUGAGUAUGUUCGUCGAGCCCAAGCUGUCGUUUAAAAUAGGAAAUUACUUAAAAAUUUAGCGGGCCUUUCGGAAAGAAUUAUUAGCUUUGUUGAUUUAGGGAAAAAAUUGAUUAAUAAUACAUAGUGACAAGGUGUAUAUUUGUAUAUAAAUACAAUGGAUCGCGAAGAAGAUAGAAGCGAAUCGGAGGAAGAGCAUGAAAAGUCCAGAAGUCGUUCUAUAGACUCUCGACGAUCCAGCAGAAGUAGAUCUAAGUCAAACUCUAGCAGCCAUUCUCCCAGAUCGAAUCAAUCGUCGCCUGUACAGCCACGGUCACCAGCUUCGGCGCAUUCCAAUGCCAAUUCAAGAAAGUCAUACUCGAGAUCACCCUCGCGGUCGCCUUCGCGGAAUCGAUCGGUUUCGCCUGGAUUCCCUAAAAAUCAGAGAUCUUCCAGAUCUAGCUCAAAAUCUGCCGGUAGAAGAAGCACUUCGAAAUCGCCCUCGAAGUCGCCAUCUCCGGAGCAAGAUGAGAAGAUCGUACAAAAGAACUCGGCCAAAGGACCUAGUUCUCCAAAAAGUCCCCAUUCAAAAUCUCCCGCCUCGGUGGAUGGAACACGUAAAUCAAGAUCCAGAUCCGGCUCAAGCUGCAGGAAACCGGCUAUAGCAUCACAAGCAGGAUCUAUGUCUAGAUCACCUUCGCCGAAAGUUCAGUCGAAAUCGAGGACACCAUCGGGAUCAAGGCAAGGAUCAAGAUCGCGGUCUCGAUCACGGUCUAGAUCUGGCUCUAAGAAGUCAGUCUCAAGAUCCAAGUCAAGAUCCAAAUCAAGAUCCAAGUCAAGAUCCAAAUCAAGAUCUGUGUCACGAUCGCGCAAAGGAUCACAGUCUCCUGCUUCGAGGAAGAGUUCCCGUUCACGAUCGAGAUCCAGCUCGAGAUCAUCGAAGUCUAGAUCUAGAUCUCGUUCUAGUUCAAAGGCGUCGCAGUCCAGAUCGCGUUCAGGAUCGCGAUCGAAGUCGAGGUCAAGAUCAAAGUCUAAAUCGAGGUCUCGUUCGAAAUCGAGAUCGCGUUCGAAAUCGAAAUCGAAAUCGAAAUCCCGUUCGAGAUCGCGUUCUGGUUCGCGAUCGAAGUCACGAUCGAGGUCCAAGUCACGAUCGCGAUCGAGGUCGCGUUCGAGAUCGAAAUCGGGAUCGGCAGCUGGGUCUAGACACUCGUCUCGAUCGAGAUCAAGAUCUCGUUCGUUGUCAAAGUCCAGAAGAUCGAGAAGCCGCAGCGAGGAUUCUCAGGGUGCUGUUAAAAAGAGGAAGAGAGUCCUUUCUGAUUCUGAAGAAGAGGAUAGUGAAGUUAAGGCAACCAAGAAAUCGAAGCACGGUUUGUCUGACUCUGAAAACGAAGGUAACGAUGAGACAGCUGAGAAGAAGAAGGGCGAUGUUGAGCAGGAAGAGGAAGGAGAGGUCGCUGAGAGCAAACAGCUUGAUGGUAGCACAGCCAUUGUGGAGCCAGAAAAUGAGGAUUCGGAUGAUGGUGUUAUCGCGGAUAGUGGGAUGAGUAGCAGAUAUCUGGAUGAUGCUUUGUCUGAUUUCGACCGCAUGUUGGCUCGUAAAAAAGAAGAACAAUCACGAAGGCGCAAGAGAAAAGACAUUGAUAUAAUCAAUGAUAAUGAUGAUAUUAUAGCGCAACUAUUGUCCGAUAUGAGGAACGCAUCGGAAGAGGAUAGGAAAUUGAAUCAACAAAAUAAACCCGCUACUAAUAAAAUAGCGAUGCUACCGAAAGUAUUAUCGCAGCUUAAGAAACACGACCUACAGUUGGCGUUUCUAGAACAUAAUGUAUUAACAGUGUUGACCGAUUGGUUAGCACCGAUGCCGGACCGAUCUUUGCCUUCUUUAAAAAUUCGAGACAGUCUUUUAAAACUUUUGUGGGAGUUUCCUCGAAUUGAUCAGUCUUCUUUGAAACAAUCUGGUAUUGGCAAAGCUGUGAUGUAUUUAUAUAAACAUCCGAAAGAAACGAAAGAGAACAAAGAACGUGCCGGUAAAUUAAUUAACGAAUGGGCACGCCCUAUAUUUAAUCUGUCGGCUGAUUUCAAAGCAUUAUCGAAAGAAGAAAGAAUGCAGAGAGAUUUAGAACAAACGCCACAGAAAAGAAGGAAAACCGAAGACGGUGGUUCUUCUCAAAAAUCACAAGAUAUAAAUAAGGCACUGAAAGGAGACGCUAAACCUCUAAGACCCGGUGAUCCUGGUUGGGUUGGAAGAGCCAGAGUUCCUAGACCUUCGAACAAAGAUUACGUUGUAAGGCCUGACUGGAAAUCGGAUGUCGAUAUUAGCAGGAGCUCCAAGAAACAAAUGAACAGAUUCGAGAGGCAUAUGAAAAACUAUAUAGAUAAUAAAAGGAUGAAAGGAUCGAGAAGAGCUGUGGACAUUUCCAUUGAAGGACGCAAAAUGUCCUUGUAAUAGAACACAUGCCCAUUUAUGUAUGAUGGAUAAUAUGUAUAAUUUACAACAUCGGUAUAAUUGCAUACAGAAACCACACUGUCUGAUUAAGUUAUAAAAAUGAAUGCAAUUGUAACUGUAACUACGCUCAAUAAAACUUGAACAACAAUUCUAGCAAA